GAAGCAAAUGUUUCCGAAGUGGCAGCGCUAACAAACGUUUCAAACUCCUGCCUCUUCGGGCGUUCAAACUUUUUAAUCGUGGUAAUCUGCCGCCUUAAACCUAUACAAAAUGACGUUCUCCAAGAACAACAAGAUGCUAAGCCACAUUGGCUACCGGAUGAAAGUAACCAUGCAAGACAGUAGGACCUUCAUUGGCAUCUUCAAAGCCUUUGACAAGCACAUGAAUGUCAUCCUCGCUGACUGUGAGGAGUUCCGCUGUGUGCGUGGGAAGAAGAAUAAGGAGGAGAAACAGGAGAAAAGAACAAUGGGCCUAGUACUCUUGCGCGGAGAAACCAUUGUCACCAUGACCCUGGAAGGACCCCCUCCCUCUGAGGAUGGCCCUCGUGUCAACCUUCCCGGCUCUGCCCCUGGCCCAGGUGUUGGCCGCCCAGCUGGACGAGGCAUGCCUGGCCCUGGAGGCGCAGGAUUGCAAGGUCCCGUACGAGGUGUGGGAGGACCCUCACAACAGAUGAUGCAGCCAGCAGCACGUGCCGGUCCACAGCUCAACAUGCCUCCCAGAGGUCCCCCUGGUGGCAUGCCCCCUCACAUGAUGGGUGGGAUGCCCCCACACAUGGGCCGUGGUGGUCCCAUGGGACCCCCAAGUGGACCAAUGAUGAGAGGAGGUCCCCCUGCCGGCCGCCCGUACUAAACAACCGGCACCAAGCCAGCCCAAGUCUCUUACCUUCAUAUGAAAGUCACUACAGUGAGACAUCUUUUGUAAAAACAGAAAGUCUUUGUUUUGGUGAUUUAAGUUAUCUGGAUUACUGUAUUUUCUCUCUCUUCCUGAAGAACAACUUUUUUCUUUUUAUACUUUAUGCAGGAUUAAUUUACUUUAGUACCUGGUAAGUCCUAUAACACUCCCAUGUUUUUUAUUGUAUAUUUGAGUGUACCUAUACUUGUAAAAUGAACAUUGUAAUUUUUUUGUAAAAAAAGAAAAUAAAAUAUAAAAACUGAAAAUGAAAAUAA